AUGGUGGCCUUUCCUGAUAUACAAGAAAAGGUUCAAGAAGAGAUAGACAGGGUCGUUGGCAAGGACAGAUUACCAGGAAUUGAUGACCUGCCAAAUUUGAGUUACACAGAAGCUGUGCUUCAUGAAAGUAUGCGUCUGUCACUAAUUGUUCCUUUAGGAAUACAACACAUGACUCUUUGUGACACUGAAGUUGGUGGUUACAAAAUUCCUAAAGGAACAGCUGUGAACAUCAACCACUGGGCCUUACACAACGACCCAGAUGAAUGGGAAGAGGUCGAGCGAUUUAUGCCAGAAAGAUACUUGGACGAAAACGGUAAACUUGGGCCUAAACCUAAGAAUUGGUUGCCAUUUUCGGCGGGAAAGAGAGUUUGUCUUGGGGAAUUUGUAGCCAAACCGGAACUUCAUUUGAUCUUUGCAAGUUUGAUGCAACGCUACAAGUGGAAAAUGGUAUCUGGAAAGUGCCCGAAUAUGGAACAAAUUGGAUACUUAGUAAAUAGAUACCACCCAAACAAAGUCAUUGUUGAGAAACGACUAUAGACUCAAUUAUAGCAGGAAAGCUUCUAUAUUCCUAAAUGGCGGUAAAAGCUUUAUAAUAUGACGUUUGUGCAUAUUGUUUGCAUAUUUAUAUCAUGUAUAAUCAUACGCAGACCAUGAACAUUUUCCUACGCCGGUCAAAUUAUUUUUAUAUAUUCCCACUUCUUAUGUAUUCAGGAUUGCUAUUUUGGUACAUUUAAUAUGUCUCUGUUCAUAUUUCGUAAUCGUAUGUUAAUAUAACCUGAUUUUCAUUUCACGCAACACCAAAACGAGCUGUUAAAACUCAAUGAUGUACAAUUAAACCAACUG